GUUGGUGAAUAUAUUCUUUAAGGAAUUUAGAGAAAAAUCUUCUUCUUUACUUUUUCUUUGGCGGGACGUGCUUUUUUUUGGACUGGUGUCACGGCAAAGCAAAUUCUCCUUUAAGAAGGUUGAAGCAAAAGCAAAAGCCCAAAAAAAGAAAGAAAGCAGACACUGAAAGCAGAUAAAUAGAGUUUAAGUGUUUGGAGCAGAGAAAUAAUCCAAAGGAACAAAGAAGAACAUGAAUAGCACCAACUCAGGAGCUACAGCUUCGACCAAAAGCAAGAUACCAAUGGAUGAGAACCAAGAAGAAGAGAUAUGGCGAAAGUUUCAAGCCCGAGAAGAAGAGAUCGAGAGAAAGAAGAUGGCUGUUAAGGACAAGAUUCAACAGCGACUUGGGUUUGCAGAAGAAGCCACAAGAAGUUUGACACAGACAUUGGAAGGGCUAGAGAUCAUGGGAGAUCCAAUGAGGAAGGAAGUGGGGAUGGUAAGAAAGAAAAUCGAGAUGGCAAAUAGAGAAAUCAAAUCUUUGUCUCAGAGCUGCCAGAAGAAGGAGAAGGAAUACAAAGAGAUCCAGGAGGCAUUCGACGAAAAGAACAAAGAGAAAUCUCACCUUGUUUCAAUCUUAAUGGAGCUACUGGCUGAAAGUGAAAGAGUAAGGGUGAAGAAGCUGGAAGAUAUCAACAAGACUGUUGGGUCCUUGCGAUAAUCAAUUCUACCUUUUACAUGGGAACUUGUUUGACUGUUGAGGUUUUGGAUCAUUUAUGGAUUAAAAUUCCUUUAUUAAAGUGAGAAAAGGUGUAAAAGAAUGUAAUGGAAAAAAGGUUUGCCUCAGGGCUUUAAGAAAUUCAUACCUAAAGAUGGUUUUGUUCCUUGUGAGUAUUGUGGCGGCUCCUCAAUCAGAUUAGAAGGGUUUUGUAUUCUUCCAGCAACUUCGGGAUGUCAUUAAUCCGCAACUGAGAAUAGCAAUGGACUUAGACAUGUCAGAGUGCAUGUUUAAAUUACGAACAUGAUGUGUGUUAAGAUGCAUAAAAGAUGUAGACCGAAAAAUAAGGAAGAGAUAGAGUAAUGCAUAUUGUCAAUGGUGUUAUGCG